GCUCGGUCGGUGCGGGGCGGCGCGGCGGCGCCUUGGGCCUGGGUCGAGCCCGAUCGGACGGGGCCUGCUCUCUAUCUUUGUGCCCUUUGAGCGCACGGCCUCCGAGGAGCCGAGCGGCCGGGGAGCCCGGCCGGCACCGGGACGUGCAGGCCUCGGAGCAGCACACCUGAGGCACCCGCUCCUUUGCUGAAAACGGGUGCGGUCCCUUCGGUUAGAGUCGGGUUGUGACGUCAAAUACGGCCCGGUGUCAGAUUUGACCCUCGUAUCUGUGUUACCGUUGGGGGAAAAGAAAACCAUUCCUCUUGUAAAAGCAGCCGUCUGGUUAUCCCGAUAGUCUGCAACACGCGUCUCCCUGUCCGUCUGCUCAGGCGUGUACGAACUAGUGUGACUGUCGGUACUGCAGCUGAAUUUUAGAAUGGGGAAUAGAACGCCUGCUUCUGUAGGAUUGUCUAAUGAUGCUGCUGUGAGUCAAAUACAGGAGAUUAUUUCAGACAACUGUGUGGUGAUUUUCUCCAAAACAACAUGUUUCUACUGCAAAAUGGCAAAGAAACUUUUUGAGGGUAUGAAUGUAAAUUAUACAGCUGUAGAACUGGACAUGAAUACAAAUGGCAGUCAUUUCCAAGACAUUCUUGAACAGAUGACUGGUGGCAGAACGGUCCCAAGAGUGUUUGUCAAUGGGACUUUUGUUGGAGGUGCUACUGAUACUCAGAGGCUUCAUGAGGAAGGCAAACUGCUUCCAUUAGUCUAUCAAUGUCAAGUAAAAAGAAAAUCCUGAACAGCCAUCUAGCCUCCUCUUCCUUUGUAUAAAUGGGAUUUCAGACAAGUUGGAAGCUCCUAGAGAUACACUGCAUCAGCUGGACUCGGCAACUUCAAGCUAUGGAUUUCUGAAUCAUAGAUCAUUGUCUGACACAGACUUUAUGGACUGGGUAAAUUACUUGGUGUCCUUACCUCAGCUUUACCACAACCAAAGCAGUGAUAAAGCACAUUAUGUAACUCUUGGGGUUCUAAGUGUGAGAUAGGGAUGUCAUUGUAUUGCUAUUACAUCCUGAUAGUAUGCUUCAGAGAAGUAUAGACUGUACAAGAAGAAGCCUCUACAUUUUUGCUGCAAAUUAGUUUGCUUUCUGCCUUUGUUCCAACAGUUAGAAUAAAGAGUCAAUUUAAUUUCAUGGUUCCUUUAAAUUUCAUUCUUCUCUGAAUGUCAAAUUGUAAUCAUGAAGAAAGUAUGAAGCAAAACAAGUUUGUAGUGAUACUGCUGUACGCGUGUCUGCCUCUUACAUCUCGAUGUCUGAUCACCUGCCUACCAAAUUGUACGGCCAGUUGCUACAGAAAAGGGAAUAAAGAUUCUUGCUUUCAUCAUUA